AUACCAGGCGAGAGAGUCCCUUUUUGUCGGGGCUGAGCUUGUGGUUUUAAUCAAAGGGAAGACGGGGAAGCUAUGCGGAGAGAUGUAAAAUGGCAGAGCUGCAAAUGUUGUUAGAGGAAGAAAUUCCAGCUGGUAAAAGAGCCCUCAUAGAGAGUUACCAGAAUCUAACCCGUGUAGCAGAUUACUGUGAAAGUAAUUAUGUCCAGGCACCGGACAAAAGGAAAGCGCUGGAGGAGACCAAAGCCUACACCACCCAGUCACUGGCUAGUGUGGCCUACCAGAUCAAUGCCUUAGCCAACAAUGUACUGCAGCUACUGGACAUUCAGGCGUCCCAGCUGCGCCGCAUGGAGUCCUCCAUCAACCAUAUCUCCCAGACGGUGGACAUCCACAAAGAGAAGGUGGCGCGGCGAGAGAUCGGCAUCCUAACCACGAACAAGAACACGGCGCGCACGCACAAAAUCAUCGCUCCGGCCAACAUGGAGCGGCCGGUGCGCUACAUCAGGAAGCCCAUCGACUACACCGUGCUGGACGACGUAGGCCACGGGGUGAAGUGGCUAAAAGCCAAGCAACAUGGAAACAAUCAGCCAAUCAGAGGGACCGGAACACUCUCCAGGACCAAUCCGCCAACUCAGAAGCCACCCAGCCCGCCUAUGUCUGGUCGUGGCACUCUUGGACGCAACACCUCUUAUAAGACUCUGGAGCCAGUGAAGCCACCCACUGUGCCCAAUGACUACAUGACGAGCCCGGCCAGACUGGGCAGCCAGCACGGCCAACACAGCCCUGGACGGACCGCCUCUCUCAACCAGAGACCCAGGACCCAUAGCGGCAGCAGUGGAGGUAGUGGCAGUCGGGAGAACAGCGGUGGCAACAGUGUUGGUAUUCCCAUAGCUGUACCAACCCCAUCCAUUCCUAACUCUGGACAAGCCCCACCCAUGUCAGCUCCUCCUCCUCCGGGAGCACCUCCUCCUCCUCCUGCCCCCCCUCCGCCACCUCCUCUCCCCGGGCAAGGCCCUCCCAUGCCUACGGGCGGCAUAGUCGUGUCCCAGUUCGGCACGAUAUCGCGGCAGAUGUCACGGCACAACUCCAACACCGCCUCGUCCGUCUCCAUGGUUUCGGCCACGGGCACUUAUCGCCGCGCGCCUGCAGUCACUUCGCAGUUCUCCCUGCAGCAACAGCACCAACAGCAGCAGCAGCUACAACAACAGCAACAGCAGCAGCAGCAGCAGCAGCAGCAGCAGCCGCCACAGCUCAAUGGUGGCACCAACGCCUACCCCCCCAACUCAAUGUCCGUCGCCCCACCUCCUCCCCCCAUGCCCCAGCUGACUCCACAGAUCCCUCUGACUGGCUUUGUGGCCAGAAUGCAGGAGAACAUUGCCGACACCCCCACGCCUCCCCCGCCCCCUCCCCCGGAUGAGAUGCCCAUGCUGGACGACUCGCCACCACCACCCCCACCCCCUCCAGUAGAUUACGAGGACGAGGAGGCGGCUGUGGUGCACUACCAAGACCCAUAUGCCGACGGAGACCCCAACUGGGCCCCCAAGAUCUAUCUAGAGAAAGUGGUGGCCAUCUACGAUUACGCCAAGGACAAGGAUGAUGAGCUGUCGUUCAUGGAGGGCGCCAUUAUCUACGUCAUCAAGAAGAACGACGAUGGCUGGUUCGAGGGGGUGAUCAACGGCACCACCGGUCUGUUCCCUGGCAACUAUGUGGAGUCCAUCAUGCACUACGCCGACUGAAGGGACACACACACAUACACACACACACACACACACACACACUCUCUCUUCUGUCAUCUCUCUCUCGCUGACCAAACUAAAACUAUCUUCCUAUUCCAUGCUGAGUAUAGAAAAGUGCAUUUGGAUAUGAUUGAAUGUUUGUUCCUUAUGAAUGGCAAAUAAUAAAUGAACAAAUAAAAGUAAGAAAAAUCUAUAACUUUAUUUUGGUGGUAUGGGUUAAUGGGGCAAGGGAAAUACAAGUGUAAAGAAUGUGGGUGAGGGUUAUGCUUGAGGCCAGUGGGGCCAGAGCUUCAGACAUAAGGACACAAGUAAGUUGUGUUUUAUACAGACAGUGGCUCAGCCAAAUGACUAACUCGGUGAAUCAAUCAAAAUGACCCUAAGAAUGCUACCCAAAAUCUUGGAUUGGGGGUUUUCCAUUGACUUCAGAUCCCUAGAGUGAUUAUGUGCCAUUUGGGGUGGAACCCCACCCCUCCCCUAUCAUAUUGAAUUUUUGUGCCCACCCAGUUUCUUUUCUAAUUUGAUCUUCUCACUGGACAUCCUUAUAUGUUGAAAGUGUUGAUGUAUGUAUGAAGCAUGCACAGUUAAAAUGUCCAAAAGGAUUUGUAUUAUAUAAUAAACUCCACUUUUAGUUCCAUUUUUUAAAAACAAAUAUAAAAAAACAAUAUAUUUACACUGCUCAGUUUAGUUUUCUGUUAUUCUAAUGCUGUCAUUUGGGCUCCUGAACAAUUUUGGACUUUCUGAUUGUCUGUAUCUUCUUUAGACAUUCUUAAUUUGUAUUUUAAACAUAUUUUAUAUAAUUUUGAAUUUGACCAUUUUUUUGUGUUCCUUGAAACCCACAAGGUUUUGGACUGUAUAUGAUAAUGAGGCUUUUUUGUUUUUCUUGUAAUGUAAAAUUCAGACGCUGGAUUCUAGAGCAUGAGAACCCCCUCUCUAUCUACCCACCUUAUUUCUGGGUGAAAAGCCACAGACGGACAAAAUAAUUUACUUCUACCACCUAAAUAUCUGUAGAUAGCUUUAAAGUUCAUAUAGGCAAGAGUGUUAAGAUGCUACCUGUCAGUACCAAUCAUGGCUAUGCUGCGCUGUAAUUAAUGCAACAUUGGACCCAAACGUUUUUUGCAUUACCCUUCUUCUAAUUGUUUCAAAUCAGCAGGGGAAAACACUGCCAUAUUGCAUCUCAGUCGCUGUGGAGACCAAGAUAACUCCGAUACCUCCUUUCAGUGUAUGACUUGCAAAUAUCAUGCUAUUGUUUAAAGAUUUAUUUUUCUGUAAUGGGCUGAUCAGGUUGUGUGUGUGUGCAACCUCCUGCAGACAUUACCGCUCAUAGUAUCCUCUACCCCUCUGUAGAAGUCAGAGCAGGGUUUUGUUACCUGGUGUCAACUUUAAGAGCGGUCUGUAUGACCUCAGAGGUGCGUUCAAAUUUGUCAAACAGUGGCAAACGUUCUUGGUGAAUGUUUUCUAUGAACAGCUAAAUUUGAACAAAACUGUUUGCAAACGUUCGCCUAUGUUUGUGAAUUUGAACGCACAUCAGAUCAAAGUUGUACUAAAACACAAAGACUAAAGACUGUAAUCAUGGCCUCCGAUCAGCAAAUGUAGUUCUUCAAUGAUUGUUUCCACCAUACUGUUAAAGAUUGUGUUGGAAAUUCAUGUGCAUCUUCAUUUAGGCAAAUUAUUUUAUUUUAACCCUUCAAAAAUCAUCGCCCUCCAGGCUCACAUAGGCUCUACAGAGUUAACUGUGCUUGCCAUAGGCCGCCAUGUCAGGAGGAUAUGGCAGCUAAUGCCUUGAUACUUUUAACAGGUUUAUGCUUCGUUUAUGGUUAACAUUCAUUGUGAUCGAGCUGGAUUUUUUGCAGGGGCAGAAAUAUCAAUGCUUGUGUCUCUGCCCAUCAAUUUGUAUUUAUAAUAUGUUAAUUGAAGAAAUUAAAUGUACAGUCUUUUAUAAUAAAUCCUUCUCCUAUAUAAAA